UCUUCUGGUUUUUAAUCACUUCAACGUUAGCAGCAGAUUCUAUUGCAUUCCCUGUUUCAGUUCCACUCCAACAUACGAUACCAGUAGCCAUGUCAAACAGGCACACCAUUAUUUUGAUGCAAACUUCACAGAGCAGAGCAACGAGGACAUUUAUGGAUUAUGAUUCCAUAAGUCAAGCUAUGGAUGGGAUACGUGGAUUAUAUGAAAGGAAACUUAAGGAUCUAAAUCCAGCAUCAGGAAACAUCACUUAUGACAUUGCUGACCUUUACAAUUUUAUUGAUGGCCUUGCAGAUAUGAGCGACCUUGUCUAUGAUCACAGGAUUCAAGCUUUCUUGCCUAAUGACAGGGAAAGGAUCAAACAGAAACUAUUUCAACACCUUAAGGAUGCGUUUGGUUCACGGAAUGUAAGAUAUCUAGUGGGAAUAAAAGAUUAUCAGUUACUGCUUGAAAACUAUUCUCUUUGGGGUACUUUGGGAUAUGGUAUUGAGUCUCUGUAG